AUGGAAGCAGUUUCAUUAACUCCGAAUGAUAUUCACGAAACUAAUCGUUCACGUACAACUGAAAUAACUACUAAUACAAGUAAUCGCAAUACUCGUCGUAGUCACGCAUCAACAUCAUUAAAUAAACGUCCAUCAGUAAAUACAGGUGGUACACAUUCAGCUAAAAUCAAACUAGGAAUGUUUCGUCAAGCUGUUCCUCAAAUGCCAUUGCCUUUAGCUUGUUUUUGUUUUAUACUCAAUCUUAUAUUACCUGGAACAGGUACAUUAAUUAGUGCAUUUGCUGUAUUUUGUUGUGGUAAACAUGGUUAUGAAAAAAAUAUUGUUGCAUGUUUAUACAAUCUUCUUGCAGCUAUUUUACAAGGUGCAACAAUUUUUUUACUUGUUGGAUGGAUUUGGUCAGUUCGAUGGGGUAUUCUUUUUAUUCAACUAUCAGGUAAUAAAAAUGUUCUCACACAACCAACACCAUUCUAUGUACGUCGUCAAUCCAGUGUUGAUACUCAUACACAACCAUUUCUGACACAAAUGGUAACACCACGUGUACCACCAGUAUUAGAAGAUACAAAUGAAUUUGAAGGUGUAUGA